AGAAAAUGGACGGGUGAAAAAUACUUUGGUUUUUUUUUUGUGAAGAUACAAUAAUAAUUUAAAGUUUGGCUUUCGGCAGAAUUAUAGAAAUGGAGCCGAGGGGUACCAGCAGUGAAACAAAGUCCGUAGAUUCCAAAUCACCAUCAGAAACCGUUCCAUUGCCCACGAAAGCUACAAAUGGUGCCGCAUUUGAUAGUGACGACGAAGACAGCGAGGAGAGCGAGGAAACAGAUAAACAACAAAAAGAAAAAGAUGGAGCUUCCAAUAACCCUGAUUGUCCAGUCUGUUUACAGCCUUGUAUCCAUCCAGUCCAGUUACCAUGUCGUCACAUCUUUUGUUUUCUUUGUGUAAAGGGGGUUGCUAAUCGAAGCAGAAAAUGUGCCCUUUGUCGACAAGUUAUUCCGCCUGACUUUUUCCUGCAUCCCACUUUGGUUCGUAAAGAAGAUUUGGAACACACAGUAACAUUUGAUGAUGCUUACCAGUGGUUUUACGAAGGUGCCAAUGGCUGGUGGCAGUAUGAUGAUAGAACUAGUGUAGAGAUUGAAAAUCACUUCAAAAAACAAGAUAAAGGAUUUGAGCUAUUAAUCGCUGGUUACAUGUACAUUAUUGAUUUUGAAAAUAUGGUACAGUGUCGUCGAAAUGAUCGUACCAAAAAACGCAGGAUAAAACGUGAUCUAGUCAAUAUGCCCAACAAAAAAGGUAUUGCUGGUUUAAAAAUCGGAAAUACAAGCAGUGAUCAGGAAUCUGAUAGGCCUGGUGGAGAUGGCAAUGAAGCACCUGUGCUGUCAUUACCUGGAGGACAACAAGUCCCCAUUCCUAUUGUACGCAUUGAUAGAACAGGUGGGGGAUAUGACACUUCCCUUUCUCCUCCCACUCCUUCAAAUACCCCACAAACACCACAAACCCCAUCAGAAAGUCCCCCUACCAGUUCUUCAUCAGAGAGAGAUUUAUCAGUACAUUUAGAAAGACUUCAUCUUGGAGAUGGAUCUCGAGUGUCUAGUAGUCCACCGCGACUUCCGUUAGCUGAAGAAUAUCAACGUAUCAGCGGAAGAGAUACAACAAGGCUAAACGCUGUACAUUCAAGACUACAAGAAUUAGAGAGCGAUAUUUAUAAUCAAGUGGAAGAUGAUGCAUCAACGCCAACUGAGGAAACAUUGGACAAUUAUUAUGUUGACUGUGAUACAGAUCCUGAUAAAACUGAUUGAAAUGGUCGAUGUUAUUGUGAUAUACAUAAACUUACAUUUAUUAUUAUAGCUCAUAUAUUGUACAUACAUGAUCUUAUAUUUGCUAGGAAUAGCAUCACUCAGAAGCUUUGAUAGGCUUAUAUGUAAAUUUAUUGAUGUAUUGUGAUGAAAAAUUAGAACAUUUUAAGAGUGCAUUUAUACACAGAACACCAGGGCUGGCCACGAAUAAAUUGAUGGCGAGCAGAUGACUGCUCACGCAAAUUUAGGUUUGGGCGAGCAAGGCGAGCAAUAAAAAUUGCUCACGCGAAAUGUUGUUUGCGUGAGCACACGUUUUGUAACAUUGUUUCAAUUUAAAAUCAUAAGAAAAUUGCUAUUCCUGGCACAAAGUUUGUAGUAAACAUGUGUGACCAUUGAUGGCGAGCAGAUGACUGCUCACGCAAAUUUAGGUUUGGGCGAGCAAGGCGAGCAAUAAAAAUUGCUCACGCAAAAUGUUGUUUGCGUGAGCACACGUUUUGUAACAUUGUUUCAAUUUAAAAUCAUAAGAAAAUUGCUAUUCCUGGCACAAAGUUUGUAGUAAACAUGUGUGACCAUCGCUUUCUGUUUUUGACAGUCAUACGUACUCUUCUUUAUUAAAACCAAUUUCCGUAUGGAUUUCUUCACCCCACGAAAUAAAUGUGGAUAGGGCAAUCAGGUUGCCUUUGGCCAUUAUUACGCUUAGAUUGAAAAUUAUACGACUGCACAAUGGAAUAAAAACCGAAGUUCUGAUAAAAUAGGAAAUACCGAUAAAUAUUAGUUUGAAACGUGUUCAUUUAGCGUGAAUGCCAAAUGCCGGAUGUAAACAUUCUUUACUUUAGACUCGAUUAUCACAUGUUUGUUACUGGUGUUCGUGGGAAAACCAGUCAUGACGUUCAGGUCUAAAGUGUAUUUUUAGUAACACAAGUUGCGAGUAUCUUUAUUAGCCAAUCAAAUUUCAGGAGGAAAUGCCGCGUGCAGCUGGGUGAAUCUCAGUUUGACAGACGAAUUUAUGACGUUAUUGACAUUGUUGGGUUAGUUUCGGCAAUAAACUUGUCAAUAUUUUGAUUAUUUUUACUGGGUUUUCUUAAAAUUUUGCGCGAGCAACGAACCGCUCGCGUAAAUGUAGACUUACGCGAGCAGUUGCUCGCGUCUCGUGGCAAGCCCUGGAACACCACAGAACAUAAGGUGUUCUGUACAGUUAAUUGAAUUGGUGUUGAUUUGCAACUCAUGUACUAUACUAUAAAUGCACACAUAUCCUUUCAUGUCACAUAGGACUUGAGGUGCUGUCAGAAAAGUUACUAUUCUAAACAUUAAAUGUACGAAGUGAGUAUGGUGUGGGAAUUUUGAAAACCUAAAUGUCAGCUCCAGACAGUCUGUGUUCAGCUCAGGCUAACGGAUCAAAUUGCUAAAAUACAUAUAGGAUAGUCAAAUCAUGGAGAAAAACUAAAUAUUCCAUUGACAUUUUUAUAUAUUGGACCCUCGGAUUUACUGAUACAUAUAUAAUUUAUCGGUUUGUAGGCAUACACAUAUCAACAACUCUCAAUUACCAACACAAUACAUGUAACUACCAGAAAUUGAAAAUUCGAUCAAAAGUUCAUUGCACAUAUCUAUAAUUAUGGUGGCCAGAUUAUCGUAUUUUAUCAAGGUGGAUAAUCCAGUUAAUUGAGCCAAAAUGUUCAAACUUGGUGUAGGUGUUCAUUAGGUAAAUGCUUUGAUGGAGUUCGAAGAUGAGCAUUUUCUGCUUAGGCUAAGCAGAGAAAAACCAUUUGAUUGGUUGAUGCUUUGGGAUAUGAUAACUUUAGUUCUAAUUGGUGUAUUGUGUCAUCACAUCAUUACCUUGACUAAAUUCGAUAAUGCGUAUUUUUGGGCUCAGGGUAAGCAGAGUGAUAAGCAAUUUGACUGGUCAAGACUUUGGAACAUAACAACUCUGCUUUUAAUUGAGGUAGAAUGUUUAAUCUUGAUGUUGAUGUUCAUUAGGUGAAUGUCGACUGAGUUCAAUGAUUAACAUUUCUCGCUAAAGCUAAGCAGAUUUAAGCAAUUUCAUUGGUCGAUAACUUUGAUUCUAACUGAUGGAGAUUGGUGAAGCUGAGUGUAUAGUUUCACUACCAGGGACUUCAAAACCUUGACAGAGUUUGAUUGUGAAAAUUUUGUGCUUAGAUUAAGUAUAGCUAAUCAGUUUGAUUGCUCGAUACUUUUGAAAAAGAUUAAUUUUCAAUUUAUUAAUAUAAUAUGUCAUCUAUUUAUUUUUGGAUUUCGACGGGGGACAUCAGCCUCACUGUUGGCUUGUCAGCUUUGAAACCUAUUGUUAAUUUGGUAAUGGGAGAUAAAUAUAAUAUAGUUAAGCACUUUAUAUUAGUGUACUGUUUUGUUACCCAGUUCAUGAUCAGGACUUCAACUCUCAAAAAGUUUGAGUUUCCAGUUUUGGACAUUGCUCUCAGAUUAAUGAAUUAUAUGAUCUCUUUAUAUUUAAAUUUUAAUUCUGGCAUAAAUAUUAAUAACACUAUAUUAUGAAUCAUGAUAUUUAUAAUAUGCACAGUUAACUAGAAUUACAUCUAUUUGUAUUUUAUGUUGUACCCGUGUAAAAUCGUAAGUCUGUUUCUUGUAUGUUGGUGCCAGUCUGAAUACUAAGCAUAGUACUUAUAAAGAGUAUACACUGCCUAAGUUACCUGAUGUGAAUAAUGUAUUUAAAGAGCUUAAAUGUGUCUUGUUAAAACCCUAGGUCCUAGGUUGAAAAAAUACUUAAUUUGGUGACAGUUUCAUUAAUCUAUUGGGUUUUCAGAACUUGCAUGCAAGUAACAAAUAAAUCAAUAUGAUUAAAGUAUAGAUCUAUAU